AUGCUUUAUGACAAGAAGGCAAUCGAAGUCCGUGAUCUGCUGUUCAUGUACGCAUUCCAUAGACACCCCGAUGAACAGUUCUAUCCUACACUUGCCUACAAUCCACAGCUAGGUGCCCCUGGGGCCUGUCUAGGGCUCCAGAAAGACGGCAAGGUCGACCAGGAAUUUAAC